CCCUAUCCCUCUUCUCUCUCUCACCCCUCUCUGAGGCGCGCCGAAAACCCUACCGCACAGAGAGACCGAGAGCGAGAGCGAGAGAUCCCAACAAUGGCGACACGUUUCAAGAAGAACAGGAAGAAGCGCGGACACGUGAGCGCCGGACACGGCCGUAUCGGCAAGCACAGGAAGCAUCCUGGAGGUCGCGGAAACGCCGGAGGCAUGCACCACCACCGGAUCUUGUUCGACAAGUACCAUCCUGGGUUCUUCGGCAAAGUCGGUAUGCGCUAUUUCCACAAGCUUCGCAACAAGUUCUAUUGCCCAAUCGUUAACGUCGACAAGCUCUGGUCUCUCCUCCCCAACGAUGUCAAGGACAAGGCCUCCAACGACAGCGCUCCUGUGAUCGAUGUCACUCAGUUCGGGUACUUCAAGGUUUUGGGCAAGGGUGUUCUUCCCGAGAGCAAGCCUGUCGUUGUUAAAGCCAAGCUCAUCUCGAAGAUCGCAGAGAAGAAGAUCAAGGAGGCUGGUGGUGCUGUGGUACUCACUGCUUAGGUUUCGGUACUUUUUUAGGUUCUUAUAUGAAAAUUUUGGUUUAUUCGCGAACCCUUUUGAGACGUGUUUGGUAUUAUUAUUGUUAUCUGUUUAAUGAAAGUUUUGAAUCAUGGGAUUAUUGUUA